ACCCGGAAGAGUGUGUUAGUCGUGCCAAAUUGGCAUGAACCUGAUACUUUCCACAGAGGAAGCUGGGGUGGGUUCCUGAAAAGAGACUGGAGCACAGUGGACAGUGGUUCCUGCAGCUGAACUGCAGUGAACGCAUACACUGGACUCAGGAUUUUCUGUUCACUUUUCCAACACAGCCAUGGGUCAGUUAUUCUCUAAUACCAAUAAUAAUGAAGACCAUGGAGAUUUGGAUUUCAACUUCACUGCAUAUUUUAAGAAGAUUAAGAAAGAAAACAAAAUCAUUUCUCAGGAAACCAUCUGUUCAAUUGAGCUAUACCUGGCAAAAGGAGACAUUCAGGGGGCAAACUCAGUAAUCAGUGAUGCAUUAAAAACUAUUGAUAGUGCCCCAAUAAACAUUGCUGUGACAGGAGAGUCUGGGACAGGCAAGUCCAGCUUCAUCAAUGCCCUAAGGGGGGUUAAGCAUGAAGAAGAAGGUGCAGCUGAAGUUGGAGUAAUAGAGACAACCAUGAAGAUAACUUCAUACAAGCACCCCAGAAUUAAAAAUUUGAAUAUAUGGGACCUGCCUGGUGUUGGAACUCUGAAAUUUCCACCAAAAAAUUAUCUGAAGAGAGUAGAAUUCCAAAAGUAUGACUUCUUCAUUAUAGUUUCUGCUGCUCGUUUUACAAAACUUGAACUAGAUCUUGCCAAAACAAUCAGAUUAAUGAAAAAGAAUUACUACUUUGUGAGAACCAAGGUGGACUUUGAUUUAUACAAUGAAAAGAAAUGCAAACCACAUACCUUUGACAGAGAAAAGAUCCUACAGCAGAUCCGAAGCUCCUAUGUGAAUACCUUUAGGGACAAUAAAAUGGACACCCCACAGAUUUUCUUGAUUUCCAACCACAGUUUAUCUGACUAUGAUUUUCCAGUCCUGAUGGACACUCUGACUGAUGAUCUUUCUAAUCAAAAGCGCCACAAUUUUGUGCUUUCCUUGCCUAAUAUUACAGAGGCAGCCAUUCAAAGAAAGUAUGAUAUUUUGGAGCAGUUUAUCUUGUUACAAUCUUCCAUGUUUGGAUGGUUCAGCUUUCUUAAUGUGCUGGGCAAUGACUGUGACAUGGAGAAUCUGGUGGCAAGUUUAAACCACUAUCGAGUCCUCUUUGGAGUGGAUGAUGUGUCCCUGGAAGUCAUUGCUAAGGAUUCCCAGGUGCCUGUUGAACAACUGAAAAAAAUCAUUCAAUCUCCUUAUUUGUUGGAAAAUAAGAAUGAAGAAACAUUAGAAGAAAAGCUUUCCAAAUAUUUGGAGAAAUUAUCCUCAACUACUGGUGGGCUCCUUGGUACAGGUCUUUAUUUUAGGAAAAGCUUUUACUUUCAACUUCUUUUUCUUGACACAGUGACUGAAGAUGCCAAAGUUCUCCUUCGAGAGACGUUUAAAAAACUAGUUCAAGCUCAACCUGUCCACAGCCACUGACUGUGACAAUAUCAAAUGGUUCAUACCAGAGAGUAAAUUAUCCUCUAACAUAUUUUCUCUACACUGGCUAAUUCACUGUCACCAUGGGAAAAUUUAAAAAUAAGGGUCAUAUGUGUUAAUAUGUUAGAUCCUGACAAUCCCCAAUCCUUCUUCAACUCUACAUACCCCCAUAGGUUCCUCUGUGUCUUUCCACUUCACAUCACACUUUAAUACACACAUACAUAUACAUGCACAUAUGCAUGCACACACACACAGACUUACACACACAUGCACACACGCAGCACCCAAACAUGCACAAGUACAUGCGCACAAGAUAUGAAUAGGUGUUUUGUAGCAAUUUCCUCCUAAUCAAAACAGCCUAAGAAAGACUCGUGAAGCUCAGGGCUUUAUGCUCAGUGCAUAAAGCACUUGACAUGUACAUUUGAUGAUCAGAGCUCAGUUUCCAGAACCCACAUAAACGUGGAGUGUAAUUCUGCACUCAGAAGACAGAGACAGUGGAACCACAGACCAAGCUGGCUAGCUAGAGUGUACAUAUCUGCCAGUUUUGGUUUCAAUUGAGAGACUCAGUUGAUGACAAAGGUAGAAAACAAACAAGGAGGAGGCCCAGUGUAAGUCUGAAAUACUCACACACAUGUAAAUAUGCACAAACAAGACACAUUUUAAUAUGAAAUAAAAUAAGAUUCAGAAAGAAAACUGCAAUCUAAGAUAUUCAAAGGAUUCAUGAAGCUCCCAUCAAGGUUAUAUAAUCUGUAUGAUUUUGAGGGAGAUGGGGAUGCAAUUCAGACCAGCUGAGGUGUCUGCAAAUCCCGAUGGGAGGUCCAUGGCUGCAGCUGUGGUUGAGCUUUUCAGUGCUGCAGGUGCUACUGAGUCAUCAGUGCUCCUGUAAGCAACACUCACUCUAAUAAACUCACUUAGUAUUCAUGAAGCUAGACCUGGAAGAAAAUGUUUCUUUGGUCCAUCAUGGUUGCCUAGAUAGGGUGAAUAGACAUUUGCUUGUAUCUCCACCUGCCUUCAAAUCAUAUAACACAAUAAAUGCUUUGAAUAGGGAUCUGAAGAACCAAAACUGAGUUGAGGAAGACUAGUUGUCUCAUCCUUACAACAGGCUUACCAUGUGAUCAGCCUCCUCAGUCUGAGAGAGAGAGAUAUUUAACACAGACAUAGGACUCAGUAUCUCAUUCAGGAAAAGAGAUGUGAAAAUAAUGUUGUCCCCUGGGGAACAGAACACAGCACUGGUGUGGCUCUAACAGAAAGGGGAUGCUCCAAAGACUCACACUAGAACAGGACUCUAUUACAUGAGUCAUAGUUGCCAACAAAAUAACAUUUGGAAACCCACAGUGAUGAGGCAUGAUGAUGCAGUGACUCUGGACACUGGGGUAAAGGGACAGGUGGGUGACUAGGCUCUUUAAAGUCAGUUGAUUAAGAAGAAGAAAAUAAGCAGGAAAUGGCAGGGCAGAGCUGAGCCUUGGGUCUUGAGAUCAUGGGGCAGUGUCCAAUUUUGUUAGUGAGAUUUCUGCAGAAGAGGAAGGUAAGUGUUCUUCCUAUGGGACUGGUCUCUGAACAAAGCCAGAGGCUCAGUCAGAUAAGACCGUUGAUGACUAUUCUCCUUCAGCAGCCUGCACAGCUGAGAAACUGGGGUUAGUGUCUAAAAUUAAAAACACAUUUUUAAAUAAAAUAAACAAAAAGUAAAAAAUAAAAAUUCUGCUAUGUAUAUGUAUCCCAUUCUCAUCACCUUUUUUCAGUUGAUGGACAUCUAGAUUGUUUCCAUUUCCUGGCUAAGUUGAAUAGAGUAGUAAUGAACAUGAAUGAGCACUGGUAUGGAGUGCUUCUGAGUCCCAGUUGGGUGUGGCUCCUGGGGAUUCCUAGUGGAAUGGCUUUCUAGGUAUUGGGGCUGUGAUGAUUAUUCUUGGUUGUCAACUUGACUACAUCUGAAGUUAACUGGAGCCCAGGUGACUGGGUAUGCUUGUGAGGAAUUUUUUCUUGGUUAGAUCAUUUGAGGUGGGAAGAUACAUCUUUAAUCUGGGGCAUACCUUUUGGUAGCAGCCUAUAGAAGACAUGGAAGUAGGAGGCUUUUGCCUUGUCUGCUUACUCUGAUUCUCACCAGCAAGUUUGUUCCUUCACUGGUGUUAAAGACUACUUCUUUGGAAUUCUGGCAUACACUGAAGACCAGCUGAGACAUCCAGUCUUGGGGACUGAACAACUCCUGGAUUCUUGGACUUUCUGUUAGUAUACAGCCAUUAUUGGACUAGCUUGACCACAGCUAGUAGUCUACUCUAAUAAACCAUAUAUUUAGAUCUA